AAUGGCGAUUGAGAGGAAGGGGAAAGAGGAAAUACUCAUUACUUAGUACUCCGUAGUAUUUUUAUAAAUUAAUCGUUAUUUUCCAUCUUUUAUAUCUAAAGUUAUGAAAAUUUGAAUGAACGGUGUAGAUUUAAUUUAAAAAAUGCACGGUCAAGAUUGAAACAUUAUAGUGGCUACAAAAUUGUUGUAGCCAUUGUAAAACUGUCCUUAUUUGAUACUAGUAUGAACAUAAUUCAAGUAUAAUAAUAACCCGAUUUAAAGUUUAUGUGAUUCGAUAAUGGGUGACCUAAACCUGGAUAAUACGAUGAGAAAAGGAUUUUUCAUAAAUAAUAAAAAAUGAAAUGGUGACAUGGUAAUCAACAGAAAUCCACGUCACGUCAAAUCACAGCGCACACAAAGUUCGUUCUCGUAUUCAUCGGCCAAAAUCUAAAUUUCACCCAAAUAAUACACAAUCUACUCCUCCUCCUACCGGAAUUCUCUCCUUCCGGCAACUUUCUCUCCCCUCUCUCCUCCCGAUUAUCUCGGAAUUCAAGAGAUCUGCCACUCUUACCCAAUCCUACAAUCUAGCCCCAAUUAAAUAAAAUAUCAAACCGCCUCUAUAUCUUCGGAGUGAAGUUGAAUUCACGCUGAAUUUCAAUUUCAAUUUCAAUUUCAACUUUUAAUUAAUCUUAGAGAGAGGAAGUAAUGGAUCGGAGAAGAGCGCUGAGUCCGGUGUACACACGGCAGUGGAGCAGCAACUCCACCAAUUCAAGCAGCAACGACUCGGUGUCGCCGGCGAUGUCCCCCGCUCACCCUAGCUCCCGCCUCGGCACCGGUUACUCUACUGUUAGAAAAACUCAGAACGUCGCCGCUAAAGCCGCCGCUCGCCGAUUAGCGCAGGUUAUGGCUACUCAAACUGCUACGGAUGAUGAUGAUGACGAUAACGACGACGGCGGUGAUGUUGAUCUUGGGUUGCGGUUUGGUGCUCCGCCGUCUUUGGUUCCUCCGAAUAAGAAUUCUACUAAUGGGUUCGCCCGCCCUACUAACCGCGCCCCUUCUCCUGCGUUAGGUAGGAACUAUGUAGAUCACAACACUCAUUCUGUACGUUCGACAUCAGCUGGACGGCCAAUUCGACAACCUGCAGUUGUACAACCUUCUAAAGUGGGGAUAAAAACACCUUCUGCGAUACAGCCAGUAGAACUUCCCCUUCCCAAGGGAAGAGCAGACAAAAGGUUUGCAGAUUUAGGCCAUCUCAACUUGAGAGAUCCAGUAAGUGGCUCAGAGGAUGCUUCCCUUCUCGACGAAAUGGAUAUGCUACAACAAGAGAAUGAAAAUGUUCUUGACCAGCUUCGAGAAGCCGAGAGAAAACGUGAAGAAGCAGAGGCCAGAGCAAGAGAACUUGAAAGACAGGUUGCAUCUAUGGGGGAAGGUUUAUCUCUGGAAGCUAAAUUGCUAAGCAGGAAGGAAGCAGCAUUACGUCAAAGAGAGGCUGCCCUCGUGGCUGCAAAACAACGUAGGGAAGGCAAAGAGGAAAUGGAGACCCUACAUUCUGAAAUCGAGAAUCUAAGGAUGGAGGCUGCAACCACUAUGGAGAAGCUCGAAGAAGCUGAGUCUGAGGCAAAAGCAAUGCGCACUAUGACUAAGAGAAUGGUUUUGACCCAGGAAGAGAUGGAGGAAGUUGUUCUUAAGAGGUGCUGGCUUGCCCGUUAUUGGGGCUUGGCUGUGCAGUAUGUUAUUUGUGCUGAUAUAGCUGGAUCCAAGUAUGAACAUUGGUCUAGAUUUGCUCCUCUUCCAUUUGAAGUUGUCAUAUCUGCAGGACAGAAGGCUAAGGAGGAUUUCUUGAACAAAGAUGAGAGUAAUUCAAGUAGAUGGAACAAGUCUGGCCGUGAUCCCAGUGAUCUUACUGGGGAGGGAAACAUUGAAACUAUGCUUUCAGUAGAAAUGGGUUUAAGGGAAAUGGCUUCCUUAAAGAUAGAGGAUGCAGUUGCACUGUCAAUGGCACAAAAAAGACGCCCAAAUUUAGUUCGAGAUUUCAAGGUGGCUGGUGAUCCCAAGUUUAUGGAGUCAUUCGAAUUGAGUCAAGAGGAAUCAGAUGAUGUUCUUUUCAAGGAGGCCUGGAUGACGUAUUUCUGGAAAAGAGCCAGAGAUCACCAGGUUGAGGAGGACAUUGCUGAAGAGCGACUUCAAUUAUGGACCAGCCGAAGUGGUCAGUCUCCAGCAUUGCAGGAUGCAGUUGAUGUUGAACGUGGUUUGGUUGAGUUACGGAAACUUGGAUUAGAACAGCAACUAUGGGAAACAUCACGCAAAGAGAUCGAACAUAAUUCCCCUUCAGUGGAAGCUGCCAAUUACAAACAUGAUGCUGAAUCAGAGAAUUCUACAUGACGGACUUUCACCAACUAUACUGCAUGGUAAAGAAUUAAAUGUUCACCCUUUCUCAUGGAUAGUUUAAGUGUAUGCACUGGCAUUUUUGUUCAGUUCACAGUGUUUUUAUACCAUCGAGAAUGAAAUGUAGAGGUUGGUUUCAUUGUGUAUGUGGUGAGUCUCUUGAUAUCGAUGAACAAGAAAUCAAGAAUCCUUGUAAAGUUGGUGUGUAAUUAAGUUGCUUGUAUAAAACCUGGCAAAGUGCAGUAAUUUUUGAAAUUAAUAGAAUUUGUAGUUAGAUUUUCUCUUUGGAUUA